CUGCUUGCCUUUUCACACACUCACUAGUCAGUCCUUGUUUAUUGAUAUUCUAUUCUAGGUUUGCAUAUAUACAAGUAAGUGUGCAUGAAAAUAUGAUUGAUUUUCGUUUGUUUUACUCAUGUGUGGCUCUUCUCUCCCUAUAUCUUUUCAUAAUGGGUCCAUAAAUCCAUACUCAUAAUUCAUCUCCCUUUCUGCAAAACAAAGAAGCCCAUUUUUGGCUUUUAUUAAUACUUCUCUCACUCUCAUACACAUACACACACAAACUCUCUCUCUCUUUGAUUGUUAAUGAAUGUCCAUUGGGUUCAAACCUGUGGAUAAUAACCCAAAAAAGAGACUCUUUUUAUAUUUUAAACAAUUUUUGUGUGAGUGUGUGUUAAGAUUAUGAUUCUUUCAUGGGGUCUGAGGGAUUCUGAAUUUUCUGAGUUUUCUUGGGUGUUGGGUUCUGAGUAAAAAUCUUGCUUUUCUUCCUCAUGCAAGCAAAACAUCUUUACUUUUUGUAUUGUCUUUUUACUCUUUUUUUUUUUUUUCUUUGUAGUUUUUGAGGGGUGGUUGUGGGGUUGAUAUAGUACACUACUAGUCCUACCUUACAUUUUUUUAUUUUAUUUUUACAUUGUUCUUUAUUGUUAAAAAGGAAAAAAGAGGUCCUCUUUUAGGACUGUUUGCUGGCCUUUGAUUAACAUUGUUUGGGGUAGAAAGGGGUAAAAACCAAUGAUUUGUUUAAAGUUUUCUCCACAUUUGGCAUUUUUUAAGAGAACUUAAAUAGUUGGAACAUAUAAAGGAUCCAUCUUUUUGUAUGAGACAGAUAAUCUUGAAAUGCCAUUAUUAAUUUAAAUAGGAAAUUCCAACAAAAAAAAAAUUGCAUAGAGGAAGCUGCAGUUGUGGAAGUUUGGCACAAGUUCUCAAAGUUGGUUACUUAUCAUCUUUCUCUCCUACUGGCACUUGUGUUCAGCAAAAAGUAUAGAGCUGUGAACUGUUAGUGAUCUAUCAAAGUUAAAUUUGUCGUGGAAGAACCUUUAAAGUGUCAGCAGCUAUUCUUAGCACGAUCACUUCAGGUCGUUGUUCCAUAGUAAAAGCUGAAGUAAUGUUGAACUUGAUUUGCCACUAGAAAUGGCGGAACCUUAUCCUAUUAUAGACGAAAAUUUUCUUCAUACAACCAGUAUCCCCAUUAUUUUCCCUGAUAGAGUUGGUCUGAACAAUCAAAAUCACGUUAUGGACGGACAAAACCACAUCAUGGAUGGACAUGAAAUUCCUAUUCCUUUUAUGCUGCAAGGAGAAGCCAUAAACAGUUCUCAAGAUUUUCUAAGUCUACCAAAUUUUCCUCGAGCUGUUGACCCCGGAGCAAUCCACAGUGUUCUGCCAAUGAGAAACAGAACAAAGGAGUUUUCGCUGAGUACUUCAUAUCCAAUCAGUAAUGCUUACACAGAGGAUCAGUAUAUGGAGGGAAUACCUAUUUCUGCUGUGUCUCUUGCAAAUCUUUUGGCUACAAGGAACGCUAUGCCCGAGAAUCAUGAAAAUUUAGCGCCAUUGGCUCCCUUAUCACAUCCUGUAGAAGGCCAUAAAACUGAUGUUCUAGACUAUCCUACCAUGUUAAAUCACUCGUUUGGAUCCUAUAGAAACUAUGAGUUUGAUGGUGUCCCGGAAAUUGCCGGGACAGUUGCAGGACGAACAGGAUCCCAACCUUUCCAAUUAACUCAUGAGAAUGUGAAUUCAAACACAUGGUUCUCAUCAGAAACUGCUAGUAUGAGUUCCGACAGUCCCUCUGGAUCCUCCUCCAGAUUUAGCAAUGAGCUUUCUUUAAGUCUCAUAUCAACACAAUCUGCUGUUGCAUGUGGGACUUCUAUCCGCGACCAAUGCUCGGAUAUAAGCUGCUCCGGCGUCACCAACCAUGCUUUCUCUCAAAGACGGUUUGACUCAGAGCUAACAUCUUGCAACAGCAGAAAUCUGUCUUUAAAUUUUGGCUCAUACAAACCAGUCCACCUUUCGCAAUUCUUAACCGGAUCAAGAUAUCUUCGCAUGAUGCAAGAAAUACUAUCUGAAAUGGCUCAUUUAUCACUUCAAAAUCAUAACUUGGUAGGCUAUCGAGGAAAUGGGACAGAAUAUGGUGCUAACACGUCUUUUACUUUGAGUUCUGAUGAUUUGCCUGAUGAAGACUGUAGAAUCAUUUGUGAAAUGGAUUCUGAAGCAAAGAAAAAACAUCUGGUGGCUUUGUUGCAAGUGGUUGAUGAUCAAUACAACCAAUGCUUGGAUGAGAUUCAUAUGGUGAUAUCCGCGUUUCAUGCUGUGACCGAGUUGGAUCCUAGCAUACAUGCUCGUUUCGCCCUUCAAACUAUUUCCUCCUUGUACAAAAACCUGAGGGAGAGAAUCAGCAAUUACAUACUCGCAAUGGGAGAACAUUUUAAUAGAGGAGGAGAAAAGGGAGUAGAGAAAUCAUUUGAAACAUCGUUCAUUCAAAAGCAAUGGGCACUACAGCAACUAAAAAGGAAAGAUCAUCAGUUAUGGAGACCACAGAGAGGCUUGCCUGAAAGAUCUGUCUCAGUUUUGAGAGCAUGGAUGUUUCAAAACUUUCUUCACCCAUAUCCAAAGGAUGCAGAGAAGCAAUUGCUAGCAGUAAAAAGUGGAUUGACAAGGAGCCAGGUAUCUAAUUGGUUUAUAAAUGCUCGAGUUCGUCUCUGGAAACCAAUGAUAGAAGAAAUGUAUGCUGAGAUGAAUAGAAGGAAAAUUCGUACUGGAAAUCAUGAAGAUGAAACCAACAAUCGAAGAAAUCACAAAAUUAUUGACAAUCGUUUAUUUACUAUGAAGUGACAUUAUUAAUAAAUAUAUAUAUAUAUAUAUAAGUUAAUAUAUACUAGUACUAGUUUAGUCGAGUUAUAUCUUCAUAAUCUAAUAGUAGAGAAGAUAAUUUGCACAAAAAUUGCGCAAUUGUACAUCUGCUGUAUCUAAGACUACAUUUUGUAUGCUAUGCUAAAUAUGCUUUUAUAUUUAUAGUAUUCAUAACUCUUCCCUACGUGUUAUGGGUGCCUAAAACUGCUUGUUUUGGCAUUCAAAUUCAAAUUCA